AUGGAGAAAUGGAGAAUAGCAAAGGAAUUGAUUGAAGGAAUGGAGAAUAGCGACGCAAAGGAAGCCAGCAAUAAGAUUAGCGAGUACGAUUUGAAGACUGGGCAGAGUAAGGUCCUAUUGGCCACGAAAGCUGAGCGAGCGUAUUGUUCGUGUGUUUCUCGUGGAAACACGCUUUUUGUAAUUGGUGGUGCGAAGGACGACCCUGAUGCAGUGGAUUGUUUCAACUUUUCAUCAAAUACUUGGAAGAGAUUACACUCAAUGGCCGAGGCAAGGAUGUUUGCUUCUGCAGUUGUUAUGAAUAUGGAAAAUUUGGAAUUUUGA